AUGUGUGAAGAACGAAGCCGGCAAAAUGGUUUCUCAGGGGAUUCAGCUCAUUGGUAUAUCGAUGUCUCUGAUUGGCUGGCUCAUGGUGGUCGUGGUGUGCGCCUUGCCCAUGUGGAGGGUCACUGCUUUCAUUGGCGCUAACAUCAUCACGGCUCAGACCAUCUGGCAGGGCAUGUGGAUGAACUGUGUGGUGCAGAGUACAGGCCAGAUGCAGUGCAAAGUGUAUGACUCCAUGCUGGCUCUGCCCCAGGACCUGCAGGCCGCCCGCGCCAUGAUCAUCAUCUCCAUCCUGACGGGGAUCUUUGGAAUCAUAUUGUCAAUCGCUGGUGGGAAAUGCACCAACUGCAUCGAGCAGGAGCGAUCCAAGUCGAAGGCUUGCAUCCUGGCUGGGAUUUUGUUCAUCGUCUCGGGGUUGCUCUGUCUCAUUCCAGUCUCCUGGUCUGCCAACACCAUCAUCACCAACUUCUACAACCCGUUAACGCUCAACGCUCAGAGGUACGAGUUAGGAGCGGCGCUGUACAUCGGCUGGGCGGCUUCUGCACUGCUGCUGAUGGGAGGUGGGCUGAUGUGUUGGAACUGCCCACCCAAAGAUGAACAGCCUCACUACGUACCCAAAUUCAUCCCCGUGAAGUCAGCCUCCACAUCAAGGGAAUAUGUAUAAGAUGGUUAACACUUGCUGCAUAGACUUUUGAGGGCACAGGAGAGAAAUGGUAGUUUGCUUGACUGAAGCUGAAUCCUGAGGUUGUGUCAAAGUGACCUUUCUCACAGCUGACAUUUUGCCCCGUCAAGCAAGUUAAAAGCAUAAACAAUGGCUUCGUUCCAUUUAGUUGUGCUGACAGGGCCAGGCUGUCACACCUUACAAAGCCUUCAUAAACGUUAUUGUGCUUUUCCUGCUGUCGAAAUGUCUCAUUAUUUUUCAGAAUAUUCACGUCUCGGUCUAAACUUUAAAGAUGAAAGAGCCUUUUUAAUCCAUGCUGUAUUGUGGCAAAAGAAUAAAUAACAUUUGUAAUUUGAUUAUAAUUCAUCUGUGUAAAUAUUUAGUCAAGACUGCUGUAAGGAUUUCACAGUGUGAUUGUCGUCAUUGUAAAAACAACAGGUGAAGGAAAGUCAGAGGAAAGUCUUUUUAUUUUCACACAGUCUGCUAAUUCCACAUUUAUAUUUCUGUCUUUCUGGAUCUUGUAAUGUUCUUUCACUGUAAAUAAACUCUCUGGAUGAUUA